AUGGCGAGUCUCAGCUCCUUGGCUGGCCUCAGCCACCGCCUUGAGGAGAGUCGAGCACGACAGCUUCAAGAGAGGUCUUCGCAAGCCCUGCAGCUGAUGCGCACAGCCGUGGAGUGGAAGUCUUGGGAGGAGCUGCGGACCUUGACGAAAGCCUUCCAGCGAUACCUGGAGGAGAUUCGCGAGACUGACCUCCGAAGAAGGCGAGACAUUGAAGCGAACCUCUCUCGGGUGUGUGCAGCUCGAGAUCAACUCGCUAACGUCACAGCACAUAAGACGGAAGCGACUGAGGAGGUGGCCCGGCUUUCUGCAGACAACGUGGAGCUACGGCGACAACUGGAGUUUGAUGCGCGCCAGUUCGUGGCUUUGCUCCAGAGCUGCGCGCAUUUAGAAAAGCAGCUGGGUGUGCUCAGGAAGGGUAAAGAACGAGAUCCUGGCAAAGAGCCCAUUGCGGAGACCGGCGAAUCGGAGGAACUUGGUCUUCAGACAGAUGUCAAGUCUGAGAGAGAGGUGCCACUGGGUGCGACACUUCCGGAUCCGGUUGGGAGUGACAGCUCAAGCAAAUCGAGACCUUUGUGUCGAAGGGCUGCCAGCGCGGCAGGCGGGGAAGCUGCAAGCGAGCGCGAAGUGGCUUCCAUGCCGCCUUCGCUUAGAUCCGGCAAUUGUUGCACGGCCCAAUCUGCUUCCGGGCUGGACGCAAGUCCAACAGCGAGCUUACAGACACCGGAUGCAUCUCCAGCCACGGUCGUUGCCCCUGGCGAUGCUCUUCCGGCUGCAUCUCCUUGUUCACGGAGCCAAACGUCGGAACCUAUGUCUCAGACAAAGAAUCCGAGACUUCUCCAAGACUUGCCUUUAGAUGCCCUCGGCAUGCUGCAAAGCCUCGUUGCUGUGAAACAGCAUCUGUUGCAGCUGCAAACGGCGCAAGGAGAGCCUGCAUUCUCCGCCAGCGAUGGGACGCCCGCACGAAAAGAUCCGACAAGCCCGGAGCAUGGCCAGGAUGAUGACUCGACAAGCACUGCCAUGGACAGCGGCACAUCGCGCAGCAGCGGUGGAGGCCACGCUCCCAGUGGUUGUGAAGGAGGAGGCCCUCGCACCAUGCAGCGGGAGGAGCAGAAUCUGGCCAAGGGCACGCUGCCCCAAGAGCUGCCCGGGUCGCCACGCCCAAACAGCCGGCCCUGCGACGUGGCCUCGCCUCUCCGACCCUCUGCGCUGGCAGCCGCCGAGGCUGCGCGUUGGGCCCAGGUCAAGCAUGCUCAGCCUGCUGUCCCGCUGAUGUGGGAACCAGUCGCAAGCGAGCCUAGAGCUGCUACAGAGAGCAUCGCGUCUCAGCCAGUAGCUUCAUCAAAAAGCAUGCUUUCGACGCCCACGAAGAGCAUUCUGACCAGCAGCAUGUCACCAGCUGCUUUACCAGGCAGGCAGCCACCCGAUUCAACAAUGAUGUCGCCAACGUCUCAAGUUACACCGGGUCAUCAGUGCAGAGGCCAUGGGCGCGUUGCUGGAUCGCCUGCAAGGUCGCCUGUGAGAUCACAAGUCCGGGCAGGGCAAAGCCCGGCGCCGGGGAUCAUCCAGACGCCACCAGAUUCGACAGAGCGGCUGAGAGCUUCCUUCAAGCAGCUGCCGGCAGUGCCACCACUUCCGUGCCAAUCGCCGCGAUCGCCUCGUGGGGCACCGGCCCACGCGUCUCCGGCUCCUAAGUACGGAAGCAAUCGAACCACCUUGCAGACAUCUUCACCGAGGCCUCAAGACUCGACGCGCAGCGCCCGGGCAGAUGCUUCUUACGUGGCCACAGUUCAGCUUGUCAGAGAGCUGAACAACGGCAACGUUCCCGCAGCUACUGCCUCCUCGGGCCCGCCGAAGCCGUACAAAGGUCUGCCACAAAAAGAGGUGCAAAAGCUCAUCGUGGAAAGAGCAAAGCGUCGCGAAGCUCCCAUGUCGCGGCAUGAGGGCGAAGCCCCAGCCAGGACAAACAGCAAACGUCGGGAGCGAGCCGAGCGAGGAGGCCGCGGAGCUGCCUCAUCUGCGUCGAACACGAAAGCGUCUUUGUGA